UUAUUUUCCAAAUUCCAAAUAGAUUUUACUUGACUUGGACGUUUUGUGUUUUUGCGUGCGUUGUUGCUGUGUUCGCUUGUGUCUAGGUUAGCCACCCGCACAGACAUCAAAAAAAUAUCACAAAACUCCAAAGUAAAUACAAAUAAUCAAGGCCGCAUUCCAUUUGAUUACAAGAAAAACCACACAAAAAUAAAGAAAUGGAUUCGGAGGAAGUGUCACCGGGAACCAAGAUCCAAAAAGGAUUCCAAAUCAAUUAUAUGAUUCUCCGCGAUGCAGAUACUGGACAGAUAAUUUGGCAAGAGAACAAGGACUUUGCGUCGCCAGACCAUGAACACGAAGCCAAGGUGCCGGUGAAGAUCCUUGACUUGCGGGCGGUUUCGCGGGAAAUCAACUUCAGCACAAUCGAGUCAAUGGAGAACUUCCGUUUGGACCAGAAGGUCCUAUUUAAAGGUCGAAUCAUGGAAGAGUGGUUCUUCGAGAUGGGCUGGGUUGGGCCGAACACCACAAACACAUGGCAGUCGACAAUCGAAGCUGCUCCCGAAUCACAAAUGAUGCCCGCUAAAAUUCUCAAUGGGAACGUUACAAUUGAAACCAGCUUCUUUGAUAGGGAUACACUUAUUACUAAGUCUAUUGUUCGCCUUUAUUACAUUUAAAUUAUUUCACUUUAAAUUUAUUAUUAUUAUUAAUUUUUUUUAUAUAUAAAGUAAAAAUAACAAUCUACCUUAUCAACAAUAUAAAAUAGAUAAAAAUGGAAAAAAAGUAAAAACUAAUAUCCGUCUCUUGUUGUAUACUCGCUAAGUUAGCAUUUAAUCUUUAAAACAAAACAAUGUAAACAAACAAAAAUGAUGUAGUUUAAAAUAAAAGAAAAUAAUGAAUUAUUAUUAACCUAUUCAUAGCUGCCAGUGUUUUGUAAAAAAAAGAAUUAAAUAACAAAAUGAAACAACAAAAAACACUCACAGGAAACAAAACUUUUAAAUCAAUCCCGAAAUCAAGUUUGAAUUUAUUAUCAAAACAAAGUAUCAAUAUAAACAACAAUUACGUAUUCAAUCAAUUCUUGUCUUUUAAAUCAAAUUGUAAAAUAAUUUUAUUAUAUUAUGUUUUCAUUUCUUCUUCUUUUAUUCUUAUUCUCAAUCAGUGCACUCUUGUUGUGAAUUUUUAUUAUUAUUUUUUAAAAUAAUUUUUUUGCGCACUUUUAGAUAAAAAAUUAAUGUUAAAAUUAGUGUAAUAUUUAUUGAAUAUAAAAUAUAAAUUUAGUACAACGAAAUUUAAAUUUUAUAAAAUAAAUAAGAAUAAAAAAAACUUAAAAAUUAGUUAUAGUUAUUUAAACAAAAGAAAAAGCACUGAAACACUUUUUGUUAUAAAAAUGAUAUUUAAUGUAAUUUGCCAUCAAAACCUAAAACAAAACAAAAAUAUAUUUAAAAAUAAAUCAAUUGCAUUUUUUGCGCUAUUGCAAAAAUUAAAAAUAAUUUUUAGACUUAAGCAAAAAAAAUUAUGUAAAUUCAUUAAAUGAAUUUCAAUUUUUCUUCUUCUAGUUUUGCUUCUUAAUCAAAAACAAAAUGAAUUAAAUUUAACUCUGGUUAAUGAAUUUAAU